AUGGAUGCGCUUCAGAAAUUCUUGCGAGUAAAAAGAAAGUCUGAGUACUUGACGGACAAGGGGCGCCUAAAAAUCACAAAAAAAGACAAAACCAAAAUAGAGAAGUUCAAGUCGAACAGGCCUGUUGGGCACUUUGUCAUAGAACGGCCAAACUCAACAGCGUUUGUGUGUGAUACCCGGGAGGAGCCGCUUGUCAACAAAGUUUCGCAGGAGGAAAACGCGGCGCAUGUGCGGAGGCAGGAGCUUGCACUGGACGUCUUCCUGGAGAAGCAGCGGAAAAAGCGCGAGAUUCGGGCACAGCGGGAGAGAGUUCAGGACGAAGAAGACAUUUGGGCGGGCCGGGAGGAGCAGAGCGAGACCAUCGACAGAAAGCUCAGCCGGAAAACAGAGAGGCCCAAGCAAAGCGACGCAUACGACGACUUGGACGAGCUCUGGACGUCUCGCGAGGGCAUUUGGAGGAAUGUGCACUUCUACAGGGACGUCGUGCGCAGGCCGAGGGUGUACGCCUCCGAGCUGCAGGGCCUCAGGAAGAAGCUGGCGCCUGUGAAGGUAAAAGUUCCUGCGGACAUGGAGAUACCUGUCAGAGAGUACACAGAAACGGCGUACGGAGAAAACGUCCGAGACGUCAUUGCUGUUGCCAGGGGAAUGUACUAUCUGGUGGUGCACAGCUCAUCGCUCUCCUUCAAGGACGCGGAUGGGUACUUGCCGGAGCGCGUGGUGAAGUUUGUCUCUGGAGAGACGGACGUUCUUGUGCGAGCCGCGUAUCUGUCGCCAGACGAGAAGAAGGUGGUUGUGCUCACAUUUGGCCACGGAAUACUGGUCCUGGACGUGGAAAGCGCGUUUUUGGCGUGCACGGAGAGCGAGAGCACUUGGGACGUGCAGAGCAUGGAGGGCAGGCUUUUCCCGGAGAAAACAUUUAGGCGCGGCGCAUGGCACCCCGCGGGCGUGUACUUCGCAGCCAUUUUGCACGGAAAAGUUGUCAUUCUGAACACAAAGAAGAACAAAGCAGUAGUUUUCUACAAAGGGUCGCAGAAUAUACAGCAGGUGGAGUUCCACCCCACGAAGAGCAUCAUCAUUAUGAUGGGCCCGUCGAAUAUUUUCUUCUUUGGGCUAAACACGAAGAGAAAGGACACCAAGAAGACAAUAUACCACCUGUCUGCAGCCAACACGCUUGCAGUGUCCAUGGAGACGGAAACCAUGUUUGUUGGAACUGCAACGUCGCAGGUGCAGAUAUUCAGAAUCAGCAAGGUGUUUGAGGCUGCGUUUAUUCGGUCCAUAUACACGCGAGACACCCCCCGAAGAAUAGUCUUGCACGGGCGGUACGGGUAUGCAGCAGUCUUUGACAGAUCGCCGACUUUCCUGGUGUACGGAAACGGGGCGCGAGACGACCUUCUGCCUGCCGAGAGAGUGGGAGCGAUCCACAAAUACGCCGAGACGUACAGAGCCGGGACUUUCCACAGGGAGUAUCCGAAGGCCCUGUUUGGCAUAGGGAAUAGAGUGGCAACUUUGCACCCAGACUACACAGCGUGUGCAGCCAAGUAG